AUGUCUGCACAACCCGCAGACGCCCGGGCUCGCGCCGCCGACCCUAAGAAGGUCCAUAUCGCCGAUACUGCCAUCACGCGCCAGAACUGGUACAAGCAUGUCAACUGGCUGAAUGUCACUUUCAUUAUUGGUAUCCCUCUGUUCGGGUGCAUCCAGGCUCUCUUCGUGCCACUGCAGCUCAAGACCGCCAUCUGGGCUGUCAUCUACUACUUCUUCACCGGUCUCGGUAUCACAGCAGGCUACCAUCGUCUAUGGGCUCACUGCUCUUACUCCGCCACUCUUCCUCUGCGUAUAUGGCUCGCAGCCGUCGGUGGUGGUGCUGUUGAGGGCUCCAUCCGCUGGUGGGCUCGUGACCACAGGGCUCACCACCGCUACACCGACACCGAGAAGGACCCCUACUCUGUCCGCAAGGGUCUGCUCUAUUCCCACCUUGGGUGGAUGGUGAUGAAGCAGAACCCCAAGCGUAUCGGCCGUACUGAUAUUUCCGAUCUCAACGAAGACCCUGUUGUCGUAUGGCAGCACCGCAACUACAUCAAGGUCGUCCUUGCCAUGGGUCUUGCCGUGCCGAUGCUCGUCGCUGGUCUUGGCUGGGGUGACUGGAUGGGCGGCUUCGUCUACGCUGGUAUCCUCCGUAUCUUCUUCGUCCAACAGGCCACCUUCUGCGUCAACUCCCUUGCUCACUGGCUUGGUGACCAGCCUUUUGAUGACCGCAACUCACCCCGUGACCACGUCAUCACCGCUCUUGUCACCCUUGGUGAGGGUUACCACAACUUCCACCACGAAUUCCCCUCCGACUACCGUAACGCUAUCGAGUGGCACCAGUAUGACCCUACCAAGUGGACCAUCUGGAUGUGGAAGCAGCUUGGUCUGGCCUACGACUUGAAGCAGUUCCGUGCCAACGAGAUUGAGAAGGGCCGUGUCCAGCAGCUCCAGAAGAAGAUCGACCAGAAGCGCGCCAAGCUCGAUUGGGGUACCCCUCUCGACCAGCUCCCUGUUAUGGAAUGGGACGACUACGUUGAGCAGGCCAAGAACGGCCGCGGUCUGAUCGCCAUCGCUGGUGUUGUCCACGACGUGACCGACUUCAUCAAGGACCACCCCGGUGGCAAGGCCAUGAUCAACUCCGGCAUUGGCAAGGACGCUACUGCCAUGUUCAACGGUGGUGUCUACUACCACUCCAACGCCGCCCACAACCUCCUCUCAACCAUGCGCGUUGGUGUCAUCCGCGGUGGCUGCGAAGUCGAGAUCUGGAAGCGUGCACAGAAGGAGAACCCCGAGUACGUGCGCGAUGCCGCCGGCCAACGGGUCAUUCGGGCCGGCGAGCAACCUACCAAGAUCCCUGAGCCCAUUCCCACUGCGGAUGCGGCUUGA